AUGUUCGGAACCCUCAUCCACCUAGGCAUCGAUGCAGCCCUGUUGAGCGCCUUCCUCGCGGGCAUCAGGAGGACUACUGGUCUAACCCCCAAACUUUCUGAUGUGCCCAACAAGGAUGUACGCCAGCUUCUUCGCACUUAUCUUGAGUUCGGCGAAUAUCUAUUUGACUUCGCGGUGGUCAUCGCUGGGCGUUCUUCCUCAUUUGAGAGGAAGUAA